AUGGUUCUAGCAAACAGCUCCUUGGUAACUGAAUUCAUUCUCUUGGGGUUAACAGACCAGCCUAACCUCCAGAUACCACUUUUUGUACUCUUUCUAGUAAUGUAUUUGAUUACUGAACUGGGAAAUCUGGUUUUAAUCAUUCUAAUUGUGCUGAAUUCUCACCUACACACCCCCAUGUACUUUUUCCUAUUUAACUUGUCCUGCAUAGACCUGUGUUACUCUUCUGUGGUUACACCCAAAAUGCUAAUGAACUUCAUACUAAGGAAGAACCUUAUCUCCUAUGUGGGAUGUAUGACCCAGUUCUACUUCUUCUGUUUUUUUGUCAUAUCUGAAUGCUAUGUCCUAACAACAAUGGCCUAUGACCGCUAUGUGGCCAUCUGCAAUCCACUGUUGUAUGACACUGCCAUGUCCCCCAAAGUAUGCUGUUAUCUUUUGCUUGCUUCAUAUUUCAUGGCAUUUUCUGGUGCCAUGAUCCACACAGGAUGUGUUCUGAGGUUGACCUUCUGUGACGGAAACAUCAUUAACCAGUUUUUCUGUGAUGUCCUCCCUUUGUUGCAGCUCUCCUGCACCAGCACCUAUGUCAAUGAGAUAGAGAUAUUCAUUGUAGCAGGAAAAGACAUCACUGUGGCCAGUUUUAUCAUUUUUAUCUCCUAUGGUUUCAUCCUCUCCAGCAUUCUCCAAAUUAGGACCACUGAGGGCAGGUCUAAAGCCUUCAGCACCUGUAGUUCCCAUAUACUUGCUGUUUCUCUGUUCUUUGGAUCAGGGGUAUUUAUGUAUCUCAAGCCUUCCUCAGCUGGGUCUAUGGAUCAGGGAAAAAUUGCUUCUAUUUUUUAUACCAUUGUGGUUCCCAUGAUGAAUCCCUUAAUAUAUAGUUUGAGAAACAAAGAUGUUAAAGUUGCCCUGAGAAAAACCCUGAAUCGAAGAAUUUUUUGA